AUGUCUCAAGCAGCCACAAAGCGAGGUCCAUCAGUUCUAGUCACAGACUCCCGCGAACAGCACAAUCCUCAAAAUCGCCCUGCCCAAAUGCUCAUGCGACAGAAUUCCCGCUUCAUAACCGUCGACAGUGUCCUCCAGUAUGCCUCCGACAUCCCCUCCAUGCAACAACGACAACCAAAUAUUCGACCCCGCGCCCUCCGCACGGGCUCUGGCAGGCCCGCAGAUCCCAAACUCGCAGGUCGGCUAGUGCCUCAACUGAUGCCUGCACGAAGUACUAAAGUUAGCGAGAAAUUGGUGCUCCUACCGGAGACUGCGACAGAGGAAGCAGAGAUAGAGGAGAAGGCAGAUUACGAUGAGGAUAAUGUGGCGCUACCUACGAAGGAUGACGAAGAGGCUUUAAGGAGAACGGGAGGCAAGAAGGGAAAGAGCUACGCCGAAAGAUUACCGAAGGCGAGGAGAGCAGAGAAAUUGGCAAGGGUCACGGCGUACUGUACCGCACAGGCCUACAAGUUGAAAGGAACCGCAAGCUUUCUGAAGGAGAAACACUCAGCAAGGACGAAGCUCUACGAUGACUGCCUUUACGUUGUGUAUCACCUUCCAUUACUGCCAGGCAGCGGAGGCUACAGGAUCAGAAGCAGUCCGGUGCUGAAGAGUCCCGGUGGGAAAGCAGUCCUAGAUGAGGAGAUUGAGAGGAGCGAGUUACGGGAUUACGGGGAAGGCUACUUUGAGGAAGAUGGAGGUGAAAGCUUCGGGGUACGAGGUACUGAGGGCGAAGAGAGUCCCAAAACAUUGGAAGAUGACCACCUCACGAAUGGGUACAGACCCAAUGGGCCCGGAGAACACGAAGCUCCAGCACGCUCAACGAGUCCAUCUAGGGUAGCAACCAACGCGCUGAAAUUUGCCGAGAUGUUCGUCUUUUCUUACGGAGUGGUAGUGUUCUGGAACUUCACCGAACGGCAGGAGAAAGACAUCUUGGCGGAUCUCACGUUCUCAGAGUCCGAAACGGGACAUUCCUUGGUCAAUGGCGCCCAAAGAGAAGAGGACUUCGAGACAGAGGAAUUCCACUUCGAGUACUCGCCAGAAACGCCCAGGCCGAGGGUCUUCAAUGACAUGAUAACCUUAAGGAGCGGAGACCAUAUGAUCAAGCUUGCAAUGUCUCAUGCUAUCGCUCAAAGUACAAAGCUAAGUUUCUUCGAGCAGAGGAUGGCAAAUCAGAUGAUCGAAGCUCAGCAUGUACCAAAGCGAUUAGCUUUGACUGGAAAGCUGGGUAUGAAAAGGGAGGAAGUCGUUAAGAUAUUAGGCGCGCUGUUCAAGAGUCGUGUGGAUGUCAACUUGUCCUCGAAUAUGCUUGACGUCCCCAACUUCUUCUGGGACAGUGAACCAACCCUUCACCCUCUCUACUAUGCCGUCCGCGAGUAUCUCGAGAUCAAGCCUCGGAUUCAGGUCCUUAACGAACGCUGCAGGGUCUUUCUAGACCUUGCUGAGAUCCUGUCAGAUUCCAUUGCGGACAACAAGAUGUCCCGCCUAACAUGGAUUAUCAUCGUCCUCAUUGUCCUCUCGAUCUUCGUAACAUGCUCUGAGGUAUUUCUGCGGUUCGGCAUUCUCUCUACCCGUGGCGCGAAAGCAAAGGGGUUACCAAUGUGCAUCAUGCCUGACCGCGAUGGUCUUUGGUGA